AUGUCUUUCGCCGAUCUAAGUAAGACCCAGCGUGACGAAUACGCCGCCUCUUUGGCUAUUUUAGCGCUUUACGACGCUGGUGUCGAGAUCACUGCUGACGCGUUGAACCAAACUUUCAAGGCUUCGGGCAACGACGUGGCUGCUUAUGUGGCUCCACUCUUUGCCGAUUUACUCAACCGUGGCCUGGACGUUGAGAAGUUCCUUGCUGGCCCUUCAGCUGGUGCGGCUCCCGCUGCUAGCACUUCUGCUGGUGACGCUGUUCCUGCUAAGAAGGAGGAGAAGGUCGUUGAGGAAGAAGAAGAAGUUGACAUGGGUGGUGGCAUGGAUAUGUUCGGUGGUGACGAGGACUAUUAG